AUGUCUGACCCUGUCGUCCUCUCUCGCAGGAAUCGAUCUUUCGCCUCGGUCUAUGGGAACUUGCAGCGAGUGGCUUUCGAGCAACAACCGCCGGGUUUCUGCAGGCAGCUGCAAAUCCUCACGAAGCGGAGCUUCAUCCAAUGGUGGCGUGGUAGCUGGCAACGAGCCAUCUUUUUGGGUGUGAUCACCGGCUCCUCCACCAUUAUGGCCUUGAUGGACACCUUUGUGGUCAAGGAGGCAGAAUGGCAGGCGCUGCCCAUCCUCAACCUGCAUACGACCCUGGCCUUGCUGAUCGCGGUCUUUGCCCUGAAUCUCUUCAGUCGCCCGAACGAUAGCACGGAUCGCCCCGUCUUCUGGCGCGAGCGGGAGAGUGGCUUGAGCGUGGCUGCCUUCUUCGUGGCCAAGGUGUUUGUGAACUCGAUCGACCUCGUGUUGCAGUGCUUCCUGCUGACCUCUGUGUAUUUCCUCAUUCGGCAGCCCGUGGUCAGCUUUCUGGUCUUCUUCCCGCCCUUCUUAUUGGUGACGGCCGCCGCCAGUGGUCUGGGCUACAUGAUCUCCACGACCUUCCCACCCAAGCAUGGGCCCUUCAUCACGGCCAUUGUGAUCUUCGUGAGUUGUGGCUUGCUGGGUCAUCCCUUGCGUGUGGAGACGAUGGCGGAUGGCGGCGCCCUGGAGCUCGUCUGGGAAGCCCAGCUCGUGUGGAGCGCGGCGUCCUUGCGCGCUGGGGUGGCGCUAGGUCCGGCGGGUGCCCGGAGUGUUGGUCAUGGAAUCCAACCUCGAAUGGGCUAUUGGAUCCUAGGAUCCCACUGA